UUGCAAACUCUUCAAACGUGAUAAGAAUUUUAGUUAGGUCACGUUUACGACAGUAAGUACCUUAUAACAAUAAAAGAAGCACCCAGUUCACCUCUGGAACGUAGAAACACUAUCCAGGCGUCAAUUGAAGGAAGAUCCAGUCCCCAAAAUAAGUAACAGAACGCAAGACAGAUAAGAUAAAAAUGUCAAUAACUUUGAAAACUUUGAUCAAGUUUCAGAGCAGAUUUUGCAGGGAAAGUUCAAAGGUUGUUUCAAACUUCUCGACAAGUUCCAGAGAUGACGCAAGGAGGGAUUACAAGCUGGUUAUUGUUGGAGGAGGUACGGGUGGAACAGCUAUCGCAAAUAAAUUUGCAAAGAAGCUUGGAAAAGGAAAAGUUGCUGUUGUCGAACCAAGUGAGACCCACUAUUACCAGCCUAUGUUCACUCUGGUGGGGGGAGGUAUCAAGACCCUCUCCCAGACAGCCUCACCCUCAGACUCACUCUUCCCAAAGGGAGCUGAUUGGAUAAAAGACAGAGCCGCAGCUUUCGACGCAACUAACAAUGUUGUCACCACUGAGAAUGGAGAUGAGCUACACUAUGACUACCUUGUGAUAGCAAUGGGAAUUCAGAUGAACUUUGAUCAGAUCAAAGGUUUAACAGAUGCCUUGGACCAUGACCCAAUGGUGUGCUCCAACUACAACCCUGCAUAUGUUAAUAAGACAUUCAACGCAAUAAAUAAAUUCAAGGAAGGCAAUGCCAUCUUUACCUUCCCCAAUUCGCCAAUUAAAUGUGCAGGAGCACCACAGAAGAUUAUGUAUUUGGCAGAUUACCACUUUCGCAAGAUGGGAAAAAGAGACAAGGCAAAUAUCCUGUACAACACCAGCCUCCCAGUUAUAUUUGGGGUGAAGAAAUAUGCAGAUGCUCUACUAGAAGUGGUCAAAGACAAGGGCAUCACUACCAACUUCCGCACUUGCUUGACAGAAAUCAAACAUGACAGUAAGGAGGCAGUAUUCCAGAAUCUUGACACUGGCGACAAUCAAACAGUAAAGUAUGAGAUGCUACAUGCAGUGCCACCUAUGUCAUGCCCAGAUGUACUAAAGAAACACCCUGAUCUGGUAGAUGAAACUGGUUGGGUGAAUGUCAACAAGAACACGCUUCAACAUCAAACAUACUCAAAUAUAUUUGCAUUGGGGGACUGCACCAACAUGCCCACAUCAAAAACUGCAGCUGCUGUUUCUGCACAAUCUGGUAUUCUACAGAAGAACCUCAACGCAGUCAUGGAUGGCAAAGCAGCCACACCUCUUUAUGAUGGUUACACAUCAUGCCCCUUGAUAACAUCCAAAGGCAAAUGUAUCAUGGCAGAGUUUGGAUUUGACGGACCCCUUGAAACCUUCCCAAUAAAUCAAGCAAGGGAAAGCAGACUUAUGUAUCAUCUCAAGAAAGAUUUUAUGCCUGCCCUUUACUGGAUGGGAUUGGUGAAGGGGCACUGGAAUGGACCAAAAGUGUACCGUAAACUCUUCCAUCUUGGAAUGGGCAAAUAGAUGUCUCCUUCGUCAGCAGAGAAGCUGAUUACCCAUGAUUCCCAGAUGCUACAAUGAAUAGAGGAACUGAUAACCCAGGACCUUCACACGUUUCAAUUAACAUUACAGUGUAGGGUUGAAUGUUAUAAUUAACAGGGAAGUGAUUACCCAGCAUUCCCAAAUGUUAUAAUUAAAUGAGGAACUGGUAUUUGACCAUAGAAUGUACAUGCACAAUUACAUUUUCUUCACAUUUUUGAUAUUUUGAGUUAUAUGGCUUAUGAAUAUUUCGAUUCAAAUGGGAAUUAGUUGGCUGAAUAUUCAGUAUAAGACUGCUACAGUAUUAGUUUUAGCCCUAUUCCAACGGUAUUUGAGUUUUUGCCUGGAUGGACAGACGGACGUAAGUACGGACAUACAUACAGAUGGACGGAGGCGUUCCCUGUAUCCC